AACAACUUGCAACGUCACGCUUCCCGCAGUUAACAGCCCGAUGGUGAUUGUCUCCCCUGGCUAUCCAAGCAACUACGUAAAUGGAUUGGACUGUCAGUGGACUAUAAAUGCACCGAUAGGAACAAACAUCACGGCGAAAGUUCUGUUUCUCGAUUUGGAAAAGGGGACAUCGUGCGUGGAUGAUUAUCUACUGUUUAAAGAUGGUACGACGAACGAUGCUCACCAACUGGCAAAGAUUUGUGAACGUAGGUCUACUCCCAUCGUCAGCUGCAGUAACCAUAUGACCAUCAUAUUCCACUCAGACAGUACUGUCACAGGAGGAGGCUUUCGUUUGCAGUACUAUUCUGCUUCCGUCUGUGGAUUGUCAGAUAUUUCCGCAUCUUCCGUCACUUGGAAGUAUUUGACCUCUCCUGGCUAUCCUUCGAGCUAUGACAACAAUAUGUACUGCAAGUGGACGAUCUCUGCACCUGUUGGAUUUAAAGUAAAAGUUGAAGUUCAUUCAAUUUCUAUGCAAUACGACGCAUUCUGUUCUAAAGACUACGUGCUCUUCAGCGAUGGUUCCAGUCGGUUGGGUAAAUACUGUAGUGACGUCACCGAAUACAUCGUCAGCUCUAGCAACGCCAUGACCAUCACUUUCCGCACUGACAGUUCUGUCACAGACAAAGGAAUUUCUUUGAAAUACAUUGCGCGGACGAAAGGGUGUUUCGAAGAUGAUACGAUAAGCUAUGAGACGAAAUAUGUUGAAUCACCGAAUUAUCCUCUGUCCUAUCCCGAGUAA